UAUAAAGCUGCCCGCCACCUGGCUAGGCUGUCUCACAUCUUCACUUCGUUCUCUCCCGACUCUCCUGCGUUACCUGAGAACUUUCUCUCUUUACACCCCCUUUCCACCCAUAGAUCCGAUAAUGGCUGCCAGCCCUCAGAAAGAUGGACUCUUUGUCCAUGACAACACUACCGCUCCCGCCCACCCCGGCUUGCUGAGCAUGUUCUCACUGAAGGGCAAGACUGCCAUCGUUACAGGCGCCGGUGCUGGCAUCGGUCUUGCCGUAGCUAGUGGCCUGGCUGAAGCCGGUGCAAAUGUGGCCAUGUGGUAUAGCAGCAACCCUAGCUGCAUCGAGCGGGCCGCGGAGAUUGCCUCCAAGUAUGGUGUCCAGGCCCAGGCGUACAAGGUUGAAAUCACCAAGCCCGAAGCCGUGCAGGAGGCCGUUGACCAGGUUGUGAAAGACUUCAACGGCCGACUGGACGUUUUCAUUGCCAAUGCCGGUGUCCCCUGGACUAAGGGUCCCAUGGUCGACGGUCCGCUGGACCACUACCAGAAUGUGGUUGAUGUCGAUCUGAACGGGACAUUUUACUGCGCCAGGGCGGCAGCAACCCACUGGAGGAGACAGAAGGAGGAGGGCACCGAUAUCAACGGUAACGCACUUAACAACUUCACCUAUGGCAGCUUUGUGGCGACCGCUUCCAUGAGCGGUCACAUUGUCAACUUCCCUCAGAUGCAGGCAGCAUACAAUGCCUCCAAAGCGGCCGUUAUCCAUCUCUGUAAGUGAAGCGGCCUUGGAGGAAUGGACUUGCAUCGUACUAAUUCCUUAUGCAGGCAAGUCGCUGGCUGUCGAGUGGGUCAGAUUCGCACGUGCCAACACCGUCUCCCCGGGAUACAUCGCAACAGAGAUUUCGAACUUCAUUCCAACUGAGACUAAGACCGUCUGGAAGGAUAAGAUCCCCAUGGGUCGCGAG